AUGAUGAGCUUCAUUUUACCAUUGCUGACUCUCUAUGGGCUUUUAACAGCACUUGAAGAAACGGGAGGUGACCCAUCCGGAUGGAAAUUACCCUUUUGGUCGGUUACUGCGUCCAAGAGCUUCAUGCAAGCACACGGUAUUCGAACUAGCAUCCUCUCCGUAACAGCCCCAGGAUGCUGCAUCCUCCAAGGCGCAUCCGCAGCAGCGCUAGCACGUGCGAUGAACGAAGAAGGUGCGGCCAUCCGCAAGGGUGACCCUGAAUCAUUUGGCUUCUUCGCAGCUGUUCCGCCUAUAGAAGAGAAUGCAGAUGCGGCCGUUGCCGAGAUAGAGUACGCACUAGACAUUCUGGGUGCUGAAGGCGUCACCUUGUAUACGCGAUACGGAACAGGAGCCCGGUAUCUGGGCCACGAGGUACUGCGACCUGUGUGGGUGGCACUCAAUGCACGCAAGGCCGUUGUUUUUGUGCAUCCCACGCACUCACCCGACACCGAACUGGUUAGCCCGUUGCUCCCGCAGCCCAUCAUAGACUACCCGCAUGAAACCACACGAGCUGCGGUGGACAUGAUCUCCGCUGGGGUGGUCCGGGAUUUCCCAAACGUCAAGAUCAUUCUCUCCCAUGCCGGCGGCUCACUGCCGUUUCUGGCCACGCGAGCGGCCCAUCUACUAGCCGAUACUGGUCUUUCGGGUCAGAGUGCUGGGGACUUGCUGGCAGAUGCGAGGAGAUUCUAUUUCGAUACGGCGCUGUCGGGGAGUGAGCUGUCUUUGCCAAUGGUGCUGGACUUCGCUGCCCCAGGACAUGUGCUUUUUGGCUCUGAUUUUCCGUACGCGCCGACGGCAACCAUUGAGACAAACAUGGUGACUGGAGUGAAAGUUCUGGCGGAGAGGGGAGAUAACAAGGGAGCGGAUCUCGCUGCUAACACGGCCCGCAUACUCCCGCAGCUCAUGUCGAGAUAG